AUGGAUAGACGUGAUUAUAGUAAGGAAAAAUACAAAUAUGGAGAUAAUGAUAAAGAUAGGCGUUUUUCAAAUGAUAAAAUAAGACAUAAUUUCGACGAAUUUACGAUGCCCUCGAAUGAUCGUAGAGAUAGAGAUAAAGACAUAGAUAGGUACAGAGAUCGAUAUAGAGAUAGAGAUAGAUAUAGAGAUAGAGAUAGAGAUAGAGAUAGAGAUAGAGAUAGAGAAAGAGAAAGAGAAAGAGAAAGAGAAAGAGAAAGAUCACGGUCACCAAAUAGGAAUUAUAGUAGAAAUAACAAUAGUAGUAGUUAUAAUAGUAAUAAUAGUAGCAGUAGCUUUGAUGACGGGUAUAAAUAUAGAGAUAUGGAUAGGGAAAGAGAUAAAUACAGAGAAAAUAAAAGAUUUGAUAGUUCAAGAAAUAAUGAAGAUCAUAGGUCAUCGAUUAGGCCGCUAUCUUAUGAUGGAUAUGAUGAUGAUGAUUAUGGACGUUCAAAGAGGAAUAAAACUGAACAAUAUUUAAAAGAAAUGGUAGCUUCAAAUGGUAAUCAAAAGAGAGAAAGAUUAGAGGAUAGUAUACCUGAUUUACCAGAGAAUAGAGAGGCAAGAGAAUUCUUAAGAAAUGCUCCAACUAAAGGUUUACAUCAACCAUUAGGAAAAGAAGUUAAAGUUAUGCAAUGUUGGAAAUGUAAAUUCUAUGGUCAUAGAGCAAUAGAAUGUACUCAAACUAAUCCAAUUGCUGAAUAUGAAAAAUUAAAAAGAGAAGAUCCAAUGAUUCAAUAUAAUGAUCAUGAUGAUUUUGGUUUUAAUAAUAAUAAAAACAAUAAUAUAAAUAAUAAUAAUAAUAAUAAUAAUAAUAAUUUUAUUCAUAAAGAUAGAAUUAAUAAAAUAAAUAAUACUAAUGAUGAGAAUAAUGAUAAUAAUAAUAAAAUGAAUAAAAGACAAAAAAAAUUAAAACAGCUUCAAGAAUUAUUAGCAAGAGCAGAGGAAAAUGAGAGAAAAAGGAAAGAGAAGAAAAGAAAAAGAAAAGAAAAGAAAAAAAUCAAAGCCAGUAAAAAAUCUCAUCAUCGUCAUAGUAGCGAUAGUGAUAGUAGUGGUGGUGGUAGUAGUGAUAGUGAUAGUGAUCUCAGCAAAGACGAGAGUUAUUCAAGUAAUGAAAGUGAAUAA